UCUCUCUCUCGCGCUAUAUAUUUGCAGUACUCUUUGUCAUGAUCAGCUCCUCCCUUCCGUUUCAAAUUCAUCCACGAAGCCGAUGAAGUCUUGUGGCUCCGAGCAAUCAAGUGGCAACUCGCAAAGUAGCCACCGCCGCGGUCUCCCUAACCCUAUUUUUUUAUUCCCACCGCCUCAUUUUUUCAUUUUCCCCAUUUCCGCCAUUUUCUUCCAUCGAAUAUCUCAGCACCGCUUUCUCGUGGGAACAGAAGAUUCGCUCAGUUUUUGCGUCGAGCAUCCAUGGCCGAUUCUAGCGGUCGAUUGAACCCUAAUGUUCCAUCCGAAUCGACAUCUCCCUCGCUUCCCGAUCUUCUCGGCUCUCUCCCCUCCGAUUCUGUGGCGAGCUUUGGCGAACGGGCCAUCUCCGCCUCCGGAGCUGCCGUCCUUUCUGCUGUAAUCGUUAACCCACUUGAUGUCGCGAAGACAAGACUGCAGGCUCAAGCUGCUGGAAUUCCGUACUACCCAACAAAGAACUGUAUUGGAGGGCAUAAGGCUUCCCGAAACACUAACUUGAUGUUCUCAGAUUUCAGAUUUCCUCCUUCACGUAAUUGUGAUUGUUUAUCAACGGCGGAAUCAGCGUCUUCUCUUGAAUGCUCUCGAUAUAAAGGCACAUUUGAUGUACUAUUCAAAGUGGCCAGACAAGAAGGCUAUUCGAGGUUGUGGAGGGGAACAAAUGCUAGCCUUGCUCUGGCUAUACCGACAGUGGGCAUAUACUUACCAUGUUAUGACAUAUUCCGAAACUUUUUCGAAGAGUUUUCGACUAAAUUCUCUCCGCAUUUGGCUCCAUAUUCGCCCCUGAUCGCUGGCUCAGCUGCACGCUCAUUAGCCUGUAUUGUUUGUUCUCCUAUUGAGCUGGCAAGGACACGCAUGCAGGAUCCGCAAUUCAGGAGGCUGAUUGGGACAGGGUUGACACUGGUAGUUCUGCAGAUCCUAUUGCUCCCCCUAUCUCUACUGUCCCGAAGAACUUUUUGGUUGUUCUGCAGAUCCUCCUUCCUCGUUACCCUCAACGUGAUCGCAUUCAGGGAGCUUCAAACAGGACAAAAGCCUUCAGGAGUUUGGAAAACUUUACUUGGUAUUCUAUCACCGGCAAGUACAAAAUAUCCACAAAACAUUGGCGGGUAUGGUGUCCUAUGGAUGGGCGUUGGGGCUCAACUUGCUCGUGAUGUUCCAUUUUCUGGCAUCUGCUGGUCCAUUCUUGAGCCGAUUAGGAGAAGUUUACUAGAGCUACUUGAGGAUGAAGGCAGUCCAAUUACCAUUCUGGGGGCCAACUUCACAGCUGGUUUUGCUGCAGGGAGCCUUGCAGCGGCAGCUACAUGUCCUCUAGAUGUGGCUAAAACCCGAAGACAGAUACAGAAGGACCUGACAAGAUUACGGAACAGCAAUACGUGGAGAAUUCUAUCGGAUGUUUGGAGGAGCAACGGGCUGAAGGGAUUGUUCACUGGAGUUGGUCCUAGAGUCGGACGAGCCGGUCCGUCCGUCGGAAUUGUUGUUUCCUUUUAUGAGGUGGUUAAGCAUGUUUUGCACAGAAGACACAAAAACUCAUCGGAAUUCAUGGCUUAGGAUGGUUCACACAACUCUUCUGUGUGUUCUCUCUCCUUGAUGAACUGACAUAACAACAGAUUAUAAAAUGGAUAGAUCUUGCUCACAAGAUCAGUUAGGUUGGCAUUGAAAGGUAUGCACGCACAAUUUUAUAUCUCAUUCAAUAAUUUAAACUGAUUUAUUUCAUUUAUUUUUGCAUUAAAUUGUAUUUGUGGUUUAAAUAAUUUUCAUUAUUGCUUAUGCCUAUGAAAUUUGUUUUGUAACCUUACUAAAAGGCUGUUUCAGUA